AACACCCGGCUUCACUCUGAGCGUUCUGAAAAGGAGCACAAGGAACCAGCUUGGAGUUACUGUCACUACAGACAUGGCCACUCUCAGUCUGAAACCAGGGAGUCGGUUUGCUGUGCCAGACUGGCACACCAACAGUGCCCUCAUCUCCACAAAUGCUGAGAGACAACGUUCUGCUUCUCAUGACAUCCGCCACGAGGCCAGGAUGUUGCGUAAUGAGACAAACAACAAGACUCACUGGGAUGAGCAAGAUAACAGGACCCGGCUUUCAGAUCGUAUCGAUGAUGUGGAUAAAUGGAAGCAAGUGCUGGAUAAGUGUUUGUAUGAAGUGGAUGCAGAAAUAGACACUCUGAAUCAGAUAAAAGAUGAAGCAGAGCGAGCCUUACAGGCCAAGAACGUCCCUCUGGAUGUGGCUGUGGAGUGUCUAACUUAUCGAGAGCGUCGUAGGGACAUUGAUCUAGUAAGGGAUCAAGUGGAAGCUGAGCUUCACAAAGAGGUGGAGGUGAUCGAAGCUGUCCGCAAGGCACUGCAGCAGAAGAUCAGUGAGGCUUUCGAGCAGCUGUGCCUCCUGCAGGAAACUCGUCAACAACUGAACUGGGAUCACAGAUGUAAGGUGGAGACCAUAGAAAUAGACCGGACCUGCCUGUCACUUAACAAGAAUUCUCCAAACAUUUCCUUGAAACCAGAUCCAAAACGUGUACCAUCUGGGACCACAACCCCCCAGGAAUGGGAACAGUACAGCCAGUACAACAAGGAACGGGCAGAGGCUGAAAUACGGGGAUCUACUCAACUGAGAGAAGCUAUUGCAAUGACUAUUGCACAGACUUAUAAUGAACUGGAGGCUCAGAGAGUUGCUGUUGAAUUCGCUUUCAGGAAGAGGAUACGGGAAUUUGAAAAGGCUCACAAUGAACUAAAAUGGCAAGAGAAAAAUACUAAGGAGGAGAUAGAAGAGAUGGAAGAAGACAUCAGGCGCCUGGAAGCAGAUCUGAAAGAUAAGAGAGGGCCUCUAAAGCUGGCUCAUACUCGCUUGGAGACACGCACAUUUCGACCCAAUAUGGAACUCUGUAGAGACCAGGCACAAUACGGCUUGACGGAUGAAGUCCACCAGCUUGAGGGCACUAUUGCUGCUCUGAAGCAAAAGCUAGCACAAUCCCAGGAUGCCCUGGAUGCUUUGUACAAACAUCUAGCACGUAUAGAAGCAGAUAUCAAGACCAAGGAAAAUUCCCUCAGUCUAGAUAACAGGUGUCUAGAUGUUCGUCAGAAGCUCACAGUUCCUGCUGAGAAAUAUGUUCAAUCCUUGGAUACAUUUAACCGAACCACCAAUCGUAACCUUUCACCCCUGAAGAUUCACCAGCUAGAGUUGGCUUAAAUGAUAAAAAAAAAAAAGAAA